CGACUACUCAAAUAAUUCCCCCCUGGAUUUUUAUAAUUUCCUACAAAUAAUUUCCUAAUUUUGUUGUAUAAUUUAUUCCCAGAAAAUCACUUUCAUUUCGUUAUUGACCCACUUCCCUGCUUCUCUCUCCUCCUACUAGAUACGUUACCCUCAAUUCAACUUUCCUGUUUUUUGCAAAAUACAAAAAAAAUUAUGUUCUAGGGUUUUCCAAUUUUCGCUAUUCAAUUUCGAUCUUCCGUCAAAUUCCCAAUUCUCGUGUGAACGCUAGUGUUUUGACGAAGAUUUUGGAAGGAGAAAAAAAGUGUAUUCUUCAAUAGGAAAGCAUUUUAGUCGCCGUAUACUUCAAUUUCAAGCCACAGUUAUUUGUAGUAAUCCCCAAUUUAAUAGUCUAAAAGCUGGAAUUUUGUGGGGUUGGUGCUUCUGGGUUUGAUUGGCUUUGCAUUUUGGUGGGGUAAAGUUAAUUGCUUGUUUACUCUUUGUUUUUACAGUGACCCAUUUUCAGGGUUUUGUUUCAGAAGAGAUCUGGUGCUGUAAAUUCAUGUGAUUGCAGGAAAAGGGUAUGAUUUCUGGCUUUCUGUAAUUCAGUUUUUAGCCUGUUUUUAUUGGUUAUAUGCUUGGAGUUUUUGUGGGAUUAUUGGGAUUAGGACUCAAUUUUGGGGGAUUGUGGAACAGUUGACUAUGUGUGAACAGUAGUGAAAGAAUUAGUUUGAGUUUCAUAUUGUUGUGGCUGAAUUUGGUUAAAGAGUUUGUGGAUGGAUAAUUACUUGGGUGUGAACAAGAUUGGGAAGAACAUUAGGAAGAGUCCGUUGCACCAACCUAAUUUUGUUAAUAGUGGUACUAAUAAUAAUGGUAAUAACAACAACACAGCAAGGCAGCAACCACAACCCCAGGUGUAUAACAUUAGCAAGAGUGAUUUCAGGAGUAUAGUUCAGCAGUUGACAGGGUCACCUUCACGGCAAGAUCCUUUGCCAAGGCCGCCUAAUAACCCCCCUAAGCACCCGAGUAUGAGGCUUCAGCGCAUUAGACCUCCACCAUUGAAUCCUAUUAAUCGCCCUCCAAUGCCGCCAGUGGUGGCAGCUCCAGCUCCUAUGCAAAUGCAACCCCCGCCUCAAGGUCAUCAUAUGGCGCCACCUCAAGUUCCUUUCAACAAUCGACCACCACCUCAAUUUGGUCAGCGCUCCCCUAGAGGGAUGCAGCCAUUUGCUCCAGGUGAUGCAGCUUGGGGAAAUCCAGCACUCUCUCCUAUAUCAGCCUAUAUGCAGCAGUUACAAAGUUGUAUCGGUGAUGGUGGUUCUAGGCCGAAUCAGUUCCAUCAGCAACCGCAGAUGCCAGGACAAUAUCAAACUCAACCUCAGAUGCAGCCACAAGCUCCAGGGCAUAUCCAAAGUCAUCCUCAGAUGCAUCCACAACACGGUCCUGGGCAUUUUCAAGCUCAAGUACAACACCCUAUGCCUCAACUAGUUCCUGGGCAUGUUCAGGCACAUCAACCACCAUCUCCCGGUUUGCUUCCUAACCCGAACAUGCCACCAGGCCCAUCAUUGCCUUCACCGGGAACAAAUGGUCCUGCCCUUUUGCCAUCACCAACUUCCCAGUUCUUGUUGCCUUCACCCAAUGGUUUCUUUAACAUGUCUCCAACACCAAGGUCUCCGCAUCCUCUCCUUUCACCUGGUAGUCAGUUUCCACCGCCAUUGAGUCCAAACUUUGCAUUUUCACCAUUUGGUCAAUCUGGGAUUUUGGGUCCAGGCCCUCAGCCACCCCUUUCUCCAGGAUAUGCAUUUCCUUUAUCACCUUCUGGACUUUUUCCCAUGUCAAGCCCAAGAUGGAGGGAUCCUAGCUUUUAGAAAUUGUGAAUGACUUGUUAGAUGGCUGCGGCAUGAUUGUUUAGGAUGCAGGCACAUAUCCUUCAUUGUAGGAUUCAUUGUAUGUUGUGCAUUGAAAUGAUUUGUACAAUCUGAUCUUAGUUGUUCAGUGGAACUUAUAGCUUUUCCGUGGCCCUUUGUCCAUACUGAUUAUUGUGAACAUGAGAGAGGUGGAUAUCAGCUGUUAGUUGUUGGUUCUCUGGCAAAAAAGCCCUCUUCUUGUUGCUCUGGUAUGAUCACACAAAUCUCAAGAGGAAGAUGCAAGUAAACCACCAAAACAAGCUGGCAUUACAACCUCUCAAGAGUAUACUAUGUAAGCAAACUAGUCAACAGCUUAGCAUACCUUUAUUGUUUUUUAAUUUUAUUUUUUGGUCUCUUUUGUUAGGUAACUUGUUUUUCGUAUUAAUAUCAUGUAGAACAAUAAGCAAUUUCAGCUCUUUGCCAGUUGCUUAGGCAUAAUGGUGUCUAUUGCUUCUGUAAAGCUAAUUUAGUGCUUAUAGAAUCUAAUAUACAUGUUUUUUUGGGGGUCCAAUUGUGAUGAUUUGUUUGAAAUUGGCAACAUGCUAUCUGAUUCCUCUGUUUCCCCUUGUUGGGUAGGUUGAUCAUCUAUGAUACUUAUAUAGUUAUAUGUUCCUUUUGCAUUUGCAUAAUUCAUGUUCCUUUACAUAUUAUUUCUCAGAAUUGAGAGCGGUGAGCAUGCUGGUCAAUAAAUUUGCUGUGUUUAAAGCUCCAUAGAUUAGAAAAGUUUCCAUUUUGUCUCUGGUUUUGAAAAACUAGUCUCUGUCGUUUUCAAGAGCUUGUUAUGGUAUCUUGAAGUCGGUAUACUAAUUACCUUUCCUGCAAUAAUUAAUACUUUUGGAUAAGCAGCUAAGUGGCCUUCAUUGAACAAUUUCUUGGUGCCGAGUAUGUCUGCUUUUAAGUGCAAAGAUCAAUGUAAUUCUUUUUGCAGAGCUUUGGAGUCAUUAUUUAAGAAAACUACAGGCAUGAAAAGGUCAGUGGCUUGUAGAGACUAGAGAAGUAUGCUACAAAAUUAGUUGAUAGAAUUGAUAGUUGGGAGUAUUGUGAGUUAUGUUGGGUACAUGGUAUGUCAAUACAUCAUUGCCUAGGUAUCAAUCGACACAUUUUUGUUAAUGCAAUUAAUGACAAUCUUGUGUUGUUGGAGAUCUGGGGUAACUUACUUUCGUCAAUGGUGGCUAUGCAAGGCUUGAUAAUGAUUAGUUUUGUGAAGUAUAUAAUUAGUAAUUUGAGGCUGCAGAGAUCAAAAGAAGCUUAUGGAUGACUGUUAUUAUGAGAUAUUCUACUUAUCAUCAUUAGGCAGUGAUAAGUAGAUGUAUACUAGAAUUGAUGGGAAAGCUGUAACCCUGUAGAAUAAGGAUAAGGAUAAGAAUAGAAUACAAGUAUUCUGUUAACUACAGUAUAUGUUGGUUAUAUGUCUAUAACCUAGGUUGCACAGAAACGGAUACGGAUACAAAAACGGGUACGGAUAUGGGGACGGGAUACGGCAAAAUCAAAUUUUCCAAAAACGGGUACGGCAUGGAUAUGCCAAAAAAAAAUCAGCAAAAUAUUAAAUCUAUAAAAACUUUUUUUUAAAAAUAAUCUAAAAAUUCACAACAUAACAACAUUAAUGAUUAAAAUCACAAGAGGAAAAAAAAAAAAAAAAAAAAAAGUAAAAACCUACUGAUAGUAGGAAUCGAAAUAUGAAGAAAAACCCACAUAAUCACACCUAUGAUUGGAAAAAAAAAAAAAAAA